UAUGUAAGAUGUAAAAAAAAUUCAAACUAGAAAAAAAACUUUUUGAAAUUUUUGGGGGAAUAAUUAAAAAAGAAGUUUGUCUUGAGGUGGAAAAUUGCUAUGGAAUGGCACAUCCAUCCAUUCUUUUUAUACCCAGCCCUCCCCAGGGUACGCAGAAUAAUGCAGGCUAAAUUUGGAGUGCUGAGUACUACCCAACACACAUUAUUACCUGUUAAAAAAAAAUCGAAUACGAGAGAAAAUCAGAACUGAAAUAUGUUAAAAUCUCCGAGGUACAUAAGGUUUUGUUGGAUUGUUUAUUAAAGGAAUUUGUCAACCCAAUCCUGAAAAAUACAAACAUAUCGAUCCAAAAUUGUUUUCCUUCUUAAAUACUUAUAAAGAUAUGGCAUUAACAGUUUUCAGCUAUUUACAGCCAUGCAACUGUUUGAAAUGCAACUUCCAAUGAAGUUUAAAUGAAACAAAAAGGGAAAAGCCAUGUGUUACAGGGACGUCUUCAUACCAGUAUCAGCCAAUCAAUUUUUCAUACGUUAACAAAAAAUCAAUCUGCAACACUGGCUGUGAGUGUAUUGAUUAGAGAAAGAUAUGUAUCCAUUUGCUAUAAUUGGGUUUAAAUUACUUACCUAAUAGAAUUCAGACCUAUAGGUAAAAGUUGCUCAAUUUAUGAAGUUGCUAGGCUAAAAGAGGACUUGCUCCUUCAAUUCUAAUUUAAUGGUUUUUUGCCAAGCUAAAGAUUGCUACCCUCAAACAAUAAGGGCCAAUUCUGAAUACAGAUCUACAAAUGGUCUGGAAAUAAUUAAUCAUAACCAAGCAGUGUUGGUAUGGCGGUACUGUAAAUGUCUACUGGGUCUGGGACAACACUCUGUCCUUUAUAUGUGCAGCCACUAGGGAGAGAGAGCUGUCUGUAAUUUUAUUGCCAGACUAAAUUUGCAUAUUGUGUUGGGAAAAGACAUUUAAUUUUUUCUCUUAAUUUCUCUCGGGCUACAAGUUAAAAUGACAAUAUUCUGUGUUGUCUUGAUCCGUUAUGAAAUAAACCGGUAUUGUCUUAUAACCUAAAACUAUUCCCCAGAUUAAACAUUUAUGUAUUAUUUACCGGUAUUUUUUCAAUUUAUAUUUACUGGUAAGACUUAUUUUUUUGUAAGUUAUUUGAAUCCUUCCAAUACUAGCUUUGUGAUUUAAUGCACUGAGGUUCACCUGGACUUGAGCACAGAAAAGCAUGACGCAGUGCUACAACACAAUAGGAAGGAAAUAGAUUUGACCUCUCUACCUGGACUAAUAGCCUAUCAUUUGACUUCAUGCAGAGGGAAAUCACCUGUGAAUAUUAAGUCUCUCCCAGUCGGUGGCUCCUGAAUACUUUAUCGAGCUAUGAUAGUGUUAAUACCUACCAAUAAGUUUUUAUACUAGGUUUACUAGGUCAUUGAGGGAUAAGACUCUGAAAAUUAAAUAAUAUAUUUGACUUGCAGAGUAUUUUACUGUAUAUCAUGGACAAUGACAUGUGUAUUUGCCCUGUAGGUGUUUUCUACCUGAGGUUUAAAUGUGCAGAAUACCUUCAUAAACAAACUUGAUUUGCCAUUUAAAGUAUUUUUACCUGGCUGUGCCCUAGUGUAGUCGGCUAGCAGUGCAUUGUGGUUGUUAUUCUUGACAUUGAUUUUCCCUUCAGGAGCCUCUUGUUUCUGUAAAAACAAGGCAGAUUGAGCUAGGUUGAUCAUGUGACCAGCUUAGGAUGAACUGGGAUGGCUGAUAAAGGCCCUGUUUAGACUGACUGUGUAGUGUUAUAGUUAGGACAUGUACAUGGAGCUGAGUAAUCUGUAGUGUUUACACUUGUGUGACACAAUGGCUGACUUCACCAAUCAACUGGACAUUCACCAGCAGAGAGACAAUAGUGUAUGAUUUAAACAGCAAAGCCAGACAGUGAUUCUAGGAGAGGAUUUAAUUCACUGUGUUUGUGUUUAGUUUUUUUUCACAUUUGACAAAAGAUCCAAAAUUUCUAGGGGUGGUUGGAAUAAUGAGUUCAGGAUCUGGUGGGGAAUGGCAGCCCCAAAUGGCAGCAGAGCUUCAGAUAGCCGUUCAGACAGAUAGUGACCCAAGUGCAGGAUGGAUGCCUGGGAAUCAAGGUCCCCCUGCCCUCUCUGUGGUGACCACUGUGUGGGGCAUGACCCAGUCCACACAGAGUGGUCCCUUUAACCACAGUACACCUGGCUCGGGGUAUACCAACACUACCAUGUCCUCAACCAGCUACACGCAACAGCCUCAAGGAUUCACAGGAAAUCAGAUGCAGAAACCACCAUAUAACAUGGGACCCAUCACCAACAGGAGAGACUCAGGGGGGUACAACCGGCCAGGUUAUCCUCCAACACCCAACACACCUGGUUCUAACACUCCAAUCUCUGGACACAGUGAAUACCCUGGGGGACCAGGAAUGCCCCAGGGAAACCCCGCCCUUUCUGCUGCACUAGUGGCAGCAGCUGCAACAGCAACGGCUACUGCAACAGCAACGGCUAGCAUGGUGGCCAUACAAGAUCAGCAACAGCAGCUCAACAUGCAGAUGAACAUGAACGGCCAGUACCCCCCACAGAUGCCGGUUCAGAAUCAGUUCAAUCAAUAUCAGGGGAUGCCCCAAAGAGGAGGACCAAUGAAUAUGGGCCCAGGCGCUGCUCCGGGUCCAAUGAUGAAUAAAGGCAUGUACAUGCGUCGCUCAGCCCCGUACCACAAUCCACAGAUGAUGAAAGGAAGGCAGGUUCCUGGGGGCCAGCAGUAUCCUAAUGGAACACAGUAUGGGCCACAGUACAUGAGCCAGCAACAGUAUCCCAACAAACCUCAGUACCCCCCAGCACAGCAGCCUCUACCCUCCCCUACUUACGGUCCUCAGCAGCCAGGAAUGAGGCCCAGUGCUCCACCCCACUACCCCAAUGGCCAGAACCCUUACAUGACAGGCCAGUUUCCCUCACAAGGCCGACAACUUCCUCCCCAAGGCCCAGGGUAUGUUCCAUCACCGCAGUACAGCAAUGGACAGCAGAAUAUGCAGUCCACCACCAUGAAUUAUCCCCACUCCCCACUGCCUGGUAAUCCCACCCCUCCCAUCACACCAGGAGCUGUACAGUCUCCAUACCCGGGACAGAUGCCUAUCAAGAAAGAUCCCGAAGAGCUGCGCCUUACCUUUCCUGUGAGGGACGGUGUAGUCCUCCCUCCUUUCCGCCUGGAGCAUAACCUGGCGGUCAGCAACCACGUCUUCCAUCUCCGCGACUCUGUCUAUCAGACUCUCAUGUGGAGAUCUGACCUUGAAUUACAGCUUAAAUGUUUUCAUCACGAGGAUAGGCAGAUGAACACAAACUGGCCAGCGUCUGUGACAGUUAGUGUCAAUGCUAAUCCCCUGAACAUUGAACGUGGCGAGAACAAGACCUCACAUAAACCUCUGUACCUCAAAGAUGUCUGCCAGCCAGGCAGAAACACCAUCCAGAUCACAGUCACUGCAUGUUGUUGUUCUCACCUAUUUGUGCUACAGUUGGUUCACCGGCCCAGUGUACGGUCUGUGUUACAGGGAUUGCUGAAGAAACGCCUUCUUCCUGCAGAGCACUGUAUCACAAAAAUCAAACGAAACUUUACAAGUGUGACAAAUAACAGCAGCUUAAAUGGUGAGGAUGGAGUUGAGCAGACUGCCAUCAAAGUGUCACUUAAAUGUCCAAUCACAUUCCGGCGGAUUAUGUUGCCUGCUCGAGGCCACGAGUGUAAACACAUACAAUGCUUUGAUCUUGAAUCGUACCUACAGCUGAACACGGAGCGUGGUUCCUGGCGGUGCCCGGUUUGUAGUAAAACAGCAUUACUGGAAGGUUUGGAGAUCGACCAAUACAUCUGGGGUAUCUUAACAAAUCUUCAGACCACAGAAUUUGAGGAAGUCACAAUAGACCCAAUGGCAGCUUGGAAACCUGUCCAGCAUAAAACCGUUAAGGAGGAAGACACAGGUGAUAACUCCUGUGGCGGUCGGUGGGUCAAGGCCAUGUCUCCCUCCAGCAUGCAGCUGCCCACCAUGAGUACCUGGGACAUGAUGGGGGGUGGUCGACAAGCAGCAUCACCAUUCUCCAUGAACUCAGGGCAAGGAUCACAAUAUCCAGGAAUGCCAAACGAGAGCAUGCCAAAUGGUCCUGUUAGUGCAGGUUAUACCCACCCGGGUCCCCCCUCAGACUACAGUUCCCCACUCACACACAUGUCAGAAAGCAUAAACAAUAUCACCAAUGGAAAUUCAAUGAACAGUGUGAGUUCCAUGAACAGUGUGCCACAAAGUGACUCUUCCUCUCAAAUGACUCAUAAUUCAGGGCAAUAUGUUCCUGUGUCAGGGGACCAGGGUAUGCCCACUUUACGGCACCCUGAUCAAAACAGUAUGAACAGUCACAUGACUCCCUCCAGCCAAUCAUCACAAAGCAUGAGUAACGGCAGCCAUCAAUUAGAUCACCAAUCACCUCCUAGCAAUCAGAAUCAUUCAUCAGGGGCAGACAACUGCAAUUCAAUAGAGGAUAUCAACUUGGAUCCUUCAACAAUUAUGAAUGACAGUCAGAGUAAUAACUUAGAUCUCCAGCUAGAAAAUUUUGGUGAUCCUAUUGAACUGUUAUCAUAUCUGGGACCACCAGAGAGUUCCGGGAAUGACUCACCGGGAACACAGAACACAAAUACAAACAACAGCAAUUCAACGUCCACAAACAAUCAAACCUCAACAAGUGCCAAUAGCAAUAAUGAUGAUUUGUUGGCAUUGUUUGAAUAAAAAACAACAGUUAACUGAUUCUAAGUAUUAACGGAGCUGCAGUGUGGGGGACACUCAGCAGACAGAGAGGACUGGUCAGUGACAAUUCCAGUUCUCUGUAAUCAUUGGCCAGUUGUAUGACAGAUCUGCAAUGUUGGGGAUCUAAUUGAGCCUGGACUCGUGUUUAUGGUAUUGAUACUGAACAUCAACUUGCCUGGACUUGAUGUUAUAUUUAUUUUGUGACUUUGUUGAGGGUACACUUGUUGUCUCUCAUUCAAUUUGUGCAUUAAAACUGCAGCCUCUUGGGGCAGCACUUCAAAACAACAGGUCUUGUGAUAUCCACAUCGUUUUGAUUCAUUGAACCUGUUGUAAGUUGUCCAUUGACUUGUUUGGUCGGAUUCUCUGUGAAGUCCUAGCAAUGUUUCUGUAGGACUCCACUGUAUAGGCAGCAAAUACAUAAGAAAGAGUUUUCUGUUGAAGAUCUUGAUAUGUUCCUGAGAAGUACUGUACCUUUUCUUUGCCUUUGUAAGCUGUUCUUAGCACCUUAUUUUGUGCUCAAUGUUUUAUGCUCAUUUUUAAGUUUUUAUCAGAUUUAGUACAAGGAUUAUGUUAUCUUAUCUCCAUUGUAUCAACAGUUAUAAGGAACUUGAUUUCAUUUCAUGGUCGGACUACAGUUUUCUGUUAUUUGUGUCUUCCUUUGUUAUUUUACAAUAAGCACAACAACGCAAUACACAUUUAUACGACAGAGGUCCCUGUACUGAAUCCUAAGCAUUCACAAAAAAUAACUACUUGAUGUAAAUAUUCACGACCAAACAAAAAAUAGAAAUGUAUAUGUACUUUCUACACGAGCAGAUUAACAUAUUCAUAUGGUAAAAACAGCUUUGAACUCAAAACGCAAGUUGAUAUACAGUAUUAAAUUGUAUGCAUUUAUCAUAGUGCAAGUUGUAAAAUUUAUGCAUGAAGGGUGUCAUGCAAACGAUUUUGAGCAAUCUACCCUUCUUUUCACUUUGUUUUUGGCAAAUUUUCAAGUGCAAUAUUAGACAAAGAGGUAUUUACUGUAAUCAUUUUUCUGUUGCAAAGUUAUUUUUGGUAGAAUUUUUUGUUUGAAUUAUUUUUUUAUUUCAUAUGACCAAAGGACAAGGCUUUUUGAUGGAAGGGAGUGGUCUCCAUGACUAUGUUCUCUUUCUUUCUUUCUUUUUCUCUCUCUCUCUGUAUCAGGUACAAUCUAUGAGGGACAAUACAGAUCUUGUGACAAUUGUUUUAUUAUUUAAAUUUUGUAUAUUUAUUAUUAUUAUUAUUAUUUAAUUUUCAUGAUAUGAAAAUGAAUCGUGUCCAUGGCAAAUAUUCUUUUGUGUCCAAGUUCCGAAGUAGAUUAGUAAUGUACAUAGAUUAUAUAUAUAUAUCUAUAUAUUAUAAAUACAAAAUAUAUGUUAUGUUUUA